CAAGUUUGAGCAUAAACUACGUCGCCAUAAACAAAGUUUUGGAAAAAUUGCCACCACAGUUGUAUUAGAUAAAGAUGAAAAACUUUUAUGAUCAGGGUUGCAAUGACAUCGGAGUUGUCAUAGCAACGAAAUGACGCUAUUACCUAUUUUACUUACAGAAGUAUUUCUCGGCACUGGGAACUGUUCUUCCAAAAUCGUUCACGGGAGCUUUUUCCUCCAAUAGCGGCCUCGAUGUUCGUGAAGUUUAAGCGAAAUCUGUAAGAGCGUUAUCGAGAUAUUUUGGGAUAAAGAUUUUAUGGUUAGAAAUACGGUAAAAAAUGGGUAAUCUUGAUGUUCGGCUGUUAUCUCUAGAAAAUGAAGCGCUUUUUACAUGCAAUUUCACCUCAUAGUAGUUUCAAUCUUUCCAAAAACGUGUGUGAAAGACCGUGGAGAUAUCUCCAGCCGAUUGUUAAAAAAAGGGUUUUAAUUGGUAUGUUCCGAGGCGCUUUUGUUAGCGGUUUUUGAACAUUUUGGUCUACUUUAACAAAUUAGCGAAUAAUUUUUAAACCCCUGGAUAGAUUUUUUUUAAAAAAUUAAUAUUCUUAAGAUUAACCUUCCUUUUAUAUGACCCUUUAGUUUCAAGAUGAUUGAUAUAUUGUAAGCCAGUGAAAUAAGGGCUAAAAUUCGCCAAUAUUUUGGCAGAAAUUUUGUGUUUACAAAUGUGAGCCUCUCAUUAUUCAGGGUAUUGUCUCCAAGGUUCAUAUUUUCGCGCAUAACAAUAGCUAGCAUUUUUGCAUAUGUCAAAUGCAUUGUUAGUUACUGUUGUUCACGUGAAAAUGAACUUGGAGACAAUGCCUUGAACAAUGAGAGGUUUUCACUUGUAAUAACGAAACUUCCGAUAGAAAAGUAACGAAUUGUAGCCCUUAUUUUACUGCCUGACAAUGUAUCAAUAAUCUUGAAACUAAAAGGUCAUAUAAAAGGAAGGUUAAUCUCAAGAAUUCUUAAGUUUUUAAAAACUCUAUCGAGCGGUUUGAAAAUUAUUCGCUUAUUUGUAAAAGAAGACUAGAAUGUUUACAAAACCGCUCAGAAGAGUGCUUCGAUACAUACUGAUCAAACCCUUCUUUCUAGCAGUCGGCUGGAGCUAUCUCCAUGAUCUUUCACACACGUUUUUAAAAAGAAUGAAACUACUAUGAGGAGAAAAUGAAUGUCAAAAGUUCUUCGUCUUCUACAAACAACGGCCAAACAUCAAGAUUGUCCAUUUUUUACUGUGUUUCUAACCAUAGAAACUUCAUCCCAAAAUAUCUCGAAAACGCUCUUACAGAUUUCGCUUAAACUUCACGAACGUCGAGGCCGCUAUUGGAGGAAAACGCUCCCGUGAACGAUUUUGGAAGAACAGUUCCCAGUGCCGAGAAAUACUGCUGCAAGUAAAAUAGGUAACAACGUCAUUUCUUUGCUAUGACAACUCCGAUGUUGUUGCAACCCUGAUCAUAACGAAUUUUCAUCUUUAUCUAAUACAACUGUGGUGGCAGUUUUUCCAAAACUUUGUUUAUGGCGACGUAGUUUAUGCUCAAACUUGGGAGGUAUUGGCCUUGAAAAACUGUAUCGAGCCACCUUAACGUAUGGGCGUUAUUUGAAAAAGAGAAAAUCCGUUCCAUAAAGUUCUAGACUUGAUACUAUGUCUUUGUGGAACUCUUCUGGCUUGUCUACGCCGUAAAAUCUAGAGAAAAAGCAGAUAGCAAGGCACAAGGUUCCCUCUCCGAUUAAAAUGCACCAUUAUGCUUGGCUUGUUUGCGAAACGCGCAAAAAUUCCAUUGUGCGACCCAGAAACAUCGCUGACGACCGCGCACCUCUUGUCUUUGAGGCGUUCGAGACGAUCAUAUGGAAACCACCAAUCGUGCCAGUCGUCCGGAUCGUCUCGAAAUUUUUUGAAACGACUAGGGCGAUCGAGACGAUCAUAUGGAAACAAGGCUUAAAAUCCAGUCUUGGCAUCGAUGCUUAGGGGAAUAAAACAAAAAUUGUAAAUUGUAAUUGUAAUUUGUUAAAGGAGCUAUGUCACACACUGCGCAUGUGCGCGAAGAAGCGUUACAUCUUGAAAACGUUCGCCAACUUUUUCAAGUUCUGCGGGUGAUUCAAUAUCAAGAGUUUAUCGUUUUUUAUCUCAGCCAUCCGUUAACAGUUCGCAUAGUCAGACGUUCGUUAGUAUUUCACAGCCCUCUUAGAAGGUUCCUGUGUGUUUUUGUUUCAAUUACUCUGAUCAACGGCUUAUUUGAGGUCAACUGUUUGGAGGUAACAAAAUGUCCUCUCAUGGAGGCCGCCGAUCAGGAAGCGGCCGGAAGAAAAUCUUCGCCAGCGAGUCAGCGAGGCUUCAGUUUUGGCGAAAGACUCAUAAAAGGAUUUCGUUGGAUGGAACAAUUUUUUCAUCUUGGGUUUCUGCGAGGAUCAAGUGCGGAUAUGACAACGAUUCCAUGUUUGCUGCCCAUCUUUUAUCGCUCGAGAGAAGAAGAAGGUACCUGCAUAAAAU